CCAGCAUUAACCCACCGGUCCCCAUGUGCUGUCAAGUCCCCCAGAGAACUUCCCCCACCGGCCCCAAGAACACCCCAAACCCAGCCCGCCUCGGCAAUGUGCCCAGCGGCAUCCUUCGGAAAAACUCGCCCGCCGCCCGCAACGGCGGCACCGAGGCCGACGCGCAGAUCCUGGAGCUCAACCAGCAGCUGAUGGACCUGAAGCUGACGGUGGACGGGCUGGAGAAGGAGCGGGAUUUCUACUUCAGCAAACUGCGGGACAUCGAGCUCAUCUGCCAGGAGCACGAGAACGAGAACAGCCCCAUCAUCACCGGCAUCGUCAGCGUCCUCUACGCCACGGAGGAGGGCUUCGCUCCACCAGAGGAUGACGAGCUGGAGGAGCAGCCGCCAGAGGACCAGGACGAAAUUUGUAUCUCCCGGGCACGGCCCGGCCUGCUCACCUCCCUGCUCCUCUGUUUCUCUGCCGAGUGGCUGGAGAGGCUGCGGCAGGAGACAGCCCCCACUCGCCCUUUCCUCCCCUGCUCCCUCCUGCCCUCCCCCCCCUUUUGCCCACGGCCCAAUCCUGGUUUGUCCCCCCGCCUGUCUGUCUCCUGCUCCACCCUAUGUUUCGGCCCUUUCCCUCCGGAUAAAAACCCCGCGUGCGUGCUGGAAUAG